CGGGACGGCUUGUGCCUCGCCGCCAGACUCUGACUAUCACCAUGACCCUCCAUACCAAAGCCUCCGGCAUGGCCUUGCUGCACCAGGUCCAGGCGAGCGAGCUGGAGCCCCUAAACCGCCCUCAGCUCAAGAUGUCCCUGGAGGAGCCGCAGGGCGAGGUGUUCCUGGACGGCAGCAAGCCCUCCGUCUUCAGCUACUCCGAGGGCACCACGUACGAGUUCAACACGGGGGCCGCUGCCUCCGCACCGGUCUACGGCCAGUCGGGCCUCGCCUACGGCCCCGGGUCCGAGGCGGCCGUGGCGUUCGGUGCCAAUGGCCUGGGGGCCUUCCCUUCGCUAAACAGCGUGUCCCCGAGCCCGCUGAUGCUCCUGCACCCGCCUCCGCAGCUCUCGCCCUUCCUGCAUCCGCACGGCCAGCAGGUGCCCUUCUACCUGGAGAACGGCGCCCCUGCCUUCUACAGGCCGAAUUCAGGUAAUCGACGCCAGAGUGGCCGAGAGAGAUUGGCCAGUAGCAGUGACAAGGGAAGCAUAGCCCUGGAAUCUGCCAAGGAGACCCGCUACUGCGCAGUGUGCAAUGACUAUGCCUCUGGCUACCAUUAUGGCGUGUGGUCCUGUGAGGGCUGUAAGGCCUUCUUCAAGAGAAGUAUUCAAGGGCAUAAUGACUACAUAUGUCCAGCUACCAACCAGUGCACGAUUGACAAAAACAGGAGGAAGAGCUGCCAGGCCUGUCGGCUCCGCAAAUGCUACGAUGUGGGCAUGAUAAAAGGUGGGAUACGGAAAGACCGAAGAGGAGGGAGAAUGUUGAAAUACAAGCGACAGAGAGAUGAUGAGGAGAGAAGGAAUGAGUCCUCUGGAGACAUGAGAGCUUCUAACCUUUGGCCAAGCCCUCUUGUAAUUAAGCACUCUAAGAAGAACAGCCCAGUCUUGUCCUUGACAGCUGAUCAGAUGGUCAAUGCAUUGCUGGAGGCUGAGCCCCCCUUAAUCUAUUCUGAGUAUGAUCCCAACAAACCCUUCAGUGAAGCUUCAAUGAUGGGCUUAUUGACCAACCUGGCAGACAGGGAGCUGGUUCACAUGAUCAACUGGGCAAAGAGGGUGCCAGGUUUUGGGGAUUUGACCCUCCACGACCAGGUGCACCUUCUGGAAUGUGCCUGGCUAGAGAUCCUGAUGAUCGGUCUCAUCUGGCGCUCUGUGGAGCACCCCGGGAAGCUCCUGUUUGCUCCUAACUUGGUCUUGGACAGGAAUCAAGGUAAAUGUGUAGAGGGUAUGGUGGAGAUCUUUGACAUGUUGCUGGCGACAUCAACUCGGUUCCGUAUGAUGAAUCUGCAGGGAGAGGAGUUUGUGUGCCUCAAAUCUAUCAUUUUGCUUAAUUCUGGAGUGUACACCUUUUUGUCCAGCACCUUGAAGACUCUGGAAGAGAAAGACCAUAUCCACCGGGUCCUGGACAAGAUCACAGACACCUUGAUCUACCUGAUGGCCAAAGCAGGCCUGACUCUGCAACAGCAGCAUCGACGCCUGGCUCAGCUCCUCCUCAUCCUCUCCCAUAUCCGGCACAUGAGUAACAAAGGCAUGGAGCAUCUGUACAACAUGAAGUGCAAGAAUGUGGUGCCCCUGUACGACCUGCUGCUGGAGAUGCUGGAGGCCCAUCGCCUGAACACGCCCUCCGAUCCCAUGGGCGGGUCCCCGGAGGAGCCCAGCCAGAGCCAGCUGGCCACCAUGGGCUCCUCCUCAGCACAUUCCUUGCAAACAUACUACGUCCCCCAAGAAGCAGAGGGUUUCCCUAACACAGUCUGAGAGCGCCUGGCCUCCCCACAGUUCUGAGAAUCCCUGCAGCCUUUUACCUGUCAUGCGUCACUUCAGCAGAACUCUUGGCUCCUGCACACUCCGGCAUGCAUCCACUGGCAGUGGCUUUCCAGUAAGAGAUACUGUUCCUUCGCUUGCUCCAUUCUUAGUGACACCUCUUCUGUUGGGAACAGCCAAAGGGAUUCCAGGGCUACAUCUUUGUAACAGCUCUCUUCCUCCCUUUGCUACAUUAUGAAGUAUGAGGAUUCCUGUGGCUCUUCACGACUGAACUCUAUGAGAUAACUAAAUUGAAGUUACUCAUUGAGACCCAGGCCUGGAGAAUAGACUUUUCACCUCUGCUAAGCACUUUGUGACGGCUCCAAGAAUAAGCCUCAGGAAAGAAUUUAAAGUGGCUCCUUUAAUUGAUGACUUGGAGAAAGCUAACUCAAGGGUUCCUUAGAGCGUCUUCUUGUAUUCUUAUGUAAUGUGUCACUUUGUUAAAAAGUGAUAUUUUGACCUUUUUGCUCGUUGCAUGGCUUUAGCGCAAUAUUUGGUAAUUGUCUAUUCAUUCGCCCUAUAAGAAUACAAGAUGCACACAGGGAAGGAAGAUCCCCUAAUGGUCAAAACCAUGUCAAUUUAAGCACUGAACCUUCAAGCUUGCUCAAGUCUCCACUGCUGGCUUCCCAGAGCACUACAUGUACAGGUCAUGGGUUCCAGGUGAUUCUUGCUUCCCAAUGACCAAUGGGAAACGAGUCAAUUUCAGUUAAGUCACUCCCACAUAGAUAAGUCUCCUCAUAUAAGGGACAAGUUCUAAUUCUUUUUUCCUUUUUAUAAAAGAAAGCCCCCCCCCCAAAUCCC